AUGUCGUCAGAAGUUCGACAUGGCGAUGAAAACGAAGGCGUACAUGUGGUAGCUGUAGUCACAGUUCUGUACUAUCGACAAUGACUGAAACUAAUGUUAAACCUAGCGGCACGUUUAUUUGUUCUUUUCCUGACUGUCAAGCGUCGUACAACAAAUUAUGGAAACUAGAAGCGCAUCUCUGCAAGCAUACAGGGGAGAGGCCAUUUAAGUGCGAGGAUACCGGCUGCAGCAAAUCUUUCUGCACGAAAUAUCAUCUGGCUCGUCAUACGCUGACACAUACCGGCGACAGACCUUACAUAUGCACGGAGGACGGGUGCAAUGAAGGAUUCACCACAAACGCAAACCUGAAGAAACAUAUUUCACGUAUUCACAGACGUGAGACAAAACAAUACAUAUGUACAUUUGAGGGAUGUGGCAAAGCAUUCAAGAAAAAUAACCAGUUGAAAACCCACGAGUGUUCACACACCAUGCUGCUCCCUUUCUUGUGCACGUAUGAAGGCUGUGAGAGACGCUUUUCACAACGGGGUAAACUGAAGCGGCAUGAGAAAGUACAUCAGGGCUAUUCUUGCACUGCUGCAGGCUGCUCAUUUGUGGGGAACAACUGGACAGAGAUGACAAAGCACAAAAAAGUACAUAUAGUCAUGGUACAGUGCGAUCAGUGUAAAAAGACAUUCAGGGAUAGCUGGUUCCUGCGACAGCAUCAACGUGUGCACUCGGAAGAGCGAGUGGUGUUUCACUGCCCCAGAGACGGAUGCACCCGCUCCUACACCACUGCAUUUAACCUGCAAAGCCACAUCCUGUCCUUCCACGAAGAGCAACGCUGCUUCACCUGUACUCACCCUGGCUGUGGCAAAUCCUUUGCAAUGAAGCAAAGCUUAGAGCGCCAUUGUGUGGUUCAUGACCCUGAAAAGAAGAAACAGAAGAAGCCCCGCGGAAAACGCUCUCUGGCAUCCCGUCUGAGUGGUCACAAACCAAAAAAGAAACGUCCAACAAAAGCAGAUAAAUCUUCAGAGCCCCCUCAAUUAAUUAGUCACUUAGAUUCUUUCAAAUCAGAAAGUCUUAAAAUCCAAAAAUCCGACUUACCAGAACCUGUCAUCUUAAAUUCAGAUAUGGAGCAUGUUAAAUCUAAAAGUGUUAUCAGCCAAUCAAAAUCCAUCUGUUCUGAGCUGAACGUCUCUUCAUGUCCAGUGGUCCAACUUUUAGAACCUCUCUUGUCAUAG